UGGAAAACCGGCUGAAUGAAGACGCCGACUGCCCUUCCCACAGGCAGAAGCUCAGCCAGUCUCCCAGAUGCCGCCCCACGCCUCUCAGUUCUCGCUACCUGCUCUCCUCGCCGUGUCCUUCCUCCCCGUCUGGUCCUGGGCGCGAGCGGCGGCAAAGGCGCAGAGCUGCAGCGAGCGCGCCGCGGAGGCGGAGUGUUGGGGGAGGAGGGGGAGGCACUCCACACCCCGGCGCGCUCGGCAGGCCCCGCCCGGACGCCCCGCGCACCCUCCUGUCCGGGAGAAACUUUCCCUGGAGGCGGCUGCCUUUGCGCCUUGCCGAGCAGGGGGCGCAGGAAUCGGGGCGCGGCAGAGCGGGGAGGCCCGAGAGCGGGAGCAGCAGCGCUUGGGAAACUUUGGCGCCGGCGAUCUCGGCGCAGCGGCUGGGCCGCCCUUGGAGAGGCAGGGCGCACGGCGGCGGCGGCGCAGCGAAGCGGGGGCCUCCCAUGGGGAUCACGGGGGCACCAGCAGCAGCCCCCCGCAACCAGUGAUCCCGGGAGAGCGAAAGGCAGCGGGGCCAUCGCGCGCCUCCCGCGUCUGCCGCCCGGCCCGCUUGCCUGCCUGGAGAUGUCCGGGAAGAGCGCACCUGCGGUGCCCGCCGAGGACACCUGGAUCCCCGCGGAGAAGGGGAGCGGCUCCCCCGCCGCCUCGCCCCCCAAGAAGAAGAAACCCAAGUCCGGCUCGUCCAGCCUGCGCAGGGCCUUCAGCUGGCUGCGGGGCAGGCGGAAGAAAAAGGCGAAGGGCCAGCCUGGCGCGCCCCCUGCGGAGGGCAAGACGCACGACGAGCGGCCCAAGGGCAAAGGUGCUGCUAAGGCCGAAAACAAGAAGCAGCUGAGCGUCCAAUACAAGGCAGGGGACGAGCAGCCUGACAACAUUUUCUUCCCCAGCAGCCGUCCUCUACACCUUGAAGAGCUACAUAUCCAGGCCCAGGCUGGGCUCAAGUCUUUGCAGAGUCAAGAAAAACAGAAGCAGACCAAGAGGGCCUGGGACCACAGUGACACCAGCAGCAUCCAGUCGUCCUGCACAUCCGCAGAGGGUGACGACCUCUCGAUCCAAAGCAAGACCCCAUCAUGUGCAACGGAGAGUACCUCCGAGGAUGCUCUCUCUGUCCGUUCAGAGAUGAUCCAGCGGAAAGGCUCCACCUUUCGGCCACAUGAUUCAUUCCCCAAAUCCUCCGUGAAGGGUGAGAAAAGGAGGAGAGAGCGGAGGACAACAGUUCUGGGGCUCCCCCAACACGUACAGCAGGAGCUGGGCCUGAGCAAUGGGCAUGACUCGAAGAAGCGUCCUGGCAGCAUUGCUGUCAGAGCCAGCACAACCCCCCAGCCUCUGCUGAAUGGCGGCAAGGUCCCCGGCAACGCCAUCCACAUCCCCACCAUUGACGGGCAGCUGCAUCCCAUGACCAUUCCCAAGGGUGGUGCCCGCGUCUCCCUCCAGCGUCUAGAGGCCGAGGCGGCAGACUCUGCCCUCCAGCACCACAUCAACCGCAUCUACUAUGACGACUCGCUACUGGGAUGCAAGACAGCGGCAAAGCUGUCCCCUUUGGCCCGGCCCAAAUCUCUCGCUGUUCCCUGGAUGACCACCCAGUCUGGCUCCCCUGAGUUGCUGAGCCCAGUCAUGUCCAUCUCACCUCAGGGCACCUACCUGUCAAAGAUUAUUCCCAACGCCAUCUUGCCACCCAUGGUAGAUGUUAUUGCUCUCUCUCACAACAAGGUGCGCACGCUUAGCCGCUGCAGCCUGUCAACAGCAAGCCCAGCCUCUGUGCGCUCAGUGGGGCGCUUCCCCUGUGGCCCCCACAGCGGCGAGCACUCCUCCUCCAGUGACAACUGGAGCCAUUCUCAGUCCACGGAGACCAUUGUUUCAAACACUUCCACUAUCUCCUCACACGGGGGCACCGGCAGCAGAAAGGGCGAUGCUGGACCUGAUGGCCUGGUCCAAACAGCAGCUCGGACCGACCUUGACCAGCACAGCACCUUCAGCUCCAUGAGUGGCACCAGCCCAAAUUGCCUGAAUGUAAAGGCUGCCCCUGCUUCCCCCAACCUUUUGGGAGUGCGGCCACCAGGAAGCAGCAGCGGCCGGGCCUCCCCCGCGUACAGCACCAGCAGCACGGCAGAUGGCUCAGAUAGCAUGAGUGUGCGAAGCGACCGCUCCUCGGCCCGUAGUGUCUCCCUCAGGAAGAAGAAGAAGGCUCCAGCGCCCCCACGGAGGACGUAUUCCUUGCACCAGAAGGCUCAACAGCUGGAGGCUGAAGGGGCGCCAAAAGCUAUGGGCCUGCCCCCCAAGCCCGAGCGAAGGCCCCAGCGUGAGGCCGGAGAGGUGUGGGCUGCGGCGCAGCGAGGAAGCCCCAGCCUGGCUGAUGAGGACGAAGUAUUCUCCCCCUCCUCUCAGAGUGAGACCAGCAGCCUCCGCUCGGACAGUCUGACCUGCUCUCCCGACAUGUCUCACAGGAGCCCGUUGACCGUCGGCAAGUUCCGAGAGGAGAAUGGGCUGAGGGUCGGCGGGACGCUGGAACUCCCCUCGAAGCACAGCUCCCCUGACCACUUUGGCCGCACCUUGUCGCCAUCCAGUGGGUAUUCGAGCCAGAGCGGGACGCCCACCCUCCACACCAAGGCCCUCGUUGCCCACCCCUCGUCUCCUGGGAAGAAGAGGCCGCAACCAAAGAAACCAGAGCGGGUGUGUUCCCUGCAGUCUCCGGGGCCCUCCAUCUCCUCCUCCUUGACAUCCUUAUCCUCUUCGGCUUCAGAUCCAGCCCCUGCUGAGGUGACAGCCCUGCCCUCAGCCAGGCCUCCCUCUAGUCCUGCUCCUGCUCUGCGGAAGAUAGACAAGUUCCUUAUUCCUCCUCACCCCAAGGUCCCGGCCCCCUUUUCCCCUCCACCCACUAAGGCCCAACAGGCCAAGCCAACACCUGGCAAGGCUGCAGCCACCGCUGGCCAACCCAGCUAUCAGCCCGGCAUCCUCCCAAAAGCUAGCAUGGGGUCACCGCCGCCAUCGCCCCCUCCUGCCUACCACCCGCCACCCCCCCCAGCGAAGAAGGCCGGUGCAAGUCUGGAGGCCUCCCCUGCUGCCCCAGCAUCUUCUGGGACUGUGCCGGAUGGUCCUCCUGACUCUCUGUGGCCCCCUCCACCCCCUCCUGUACCUGAUGACCACGACCUCUCCAUGGCAGACUUUCCUCCCCCAGAUGAGGCCUACUUUGCCUUGCCUCUGCCAGAGUCCCAAUCAGUUUCCACGGAAGCGCCCCCCAUGAACACCACUGAGGUGCCUCCUGAGGAGCAGUUGGCCAACCAAAGAGCAUCCCCUGUGGAGGAGGCCAAAGUCUCCGCUUUUUCACGCUCCUUCUCUACCGUGGUGUCCUCCAAGAUCCAACAGCAGGAAGUACCAGGCCCCACACCACUGCCAGCUCCUCAAGUGGAGCCGCCUCCACCUCCAAAGCUCCCCACAGUGGGGGAAACCUCCAGCCACCAGCAGCCUGCAGCUCUGCCCUCCAGCCCCCAAGCCCAGCCCAGCCUUAAGAAGGUGACCACCGGCCCUCACCCUGAUCUCAAGAAGGAGCCAGCCUCUCGCAGCAAGAGCAACCCUAUGCCAAAGGAAGACGCGAAUCUCCCCAUUGUCACCCCUUCCCUGCUGCAGAUGGUACGCCUGCGCUCUGUCAACAUGGAUUCCCAUGGUCCGGCGGUGAGCCUGGGGGCAGCCAAGGCCACAGCAGAGCAAAAUGGACUGAGAUCCGAUGCCGAUGGCAAGCUAGGGCAGUCUGCCCCACAGAAACCUAUUCGCAAGUCGCUGUCCUUGAGGGUGCCUAAAGAAGCCGCUUCUUCGAACCCGCUGCACGAGGCCGUGCGGUUGAAGGCCUCCACCUUGUCUUCCAGAGAAGCAGCAGGCCUUGGAAUGGCAGAGAGGAAGGGUGGUGAUCGGCUGACACUGCCGGCUUUUUCGGUUCCCUCUGCUGGUGAGGCAAAGGAUGGGCAAGGGUCCCCCCUCCAUAAAUCCCCGGCUUCUACAGCUAGUUUCAUCUUUGCAAAGAGCCCCAAGAAAUUGGUAAUUGACACCCCAGCCUCCCCAGAGGCCCAGGCCAAUCUGAAGAAGAAUCUGGUUGUAGAAUUGAUGAACAUCUCUGGUCAGCUGUCCACGGCAGCCCUAGGGCUCAACCAGCAGGGCUCAGGUAGAUCCCAGGCCCGGAAGAUCCCCCCACCGAUAGCCAAGAAGCCUUCGCUUAGUCUAGGACACCUGCCGUCACCCCAGAGCCCAAGGUCUGUGGGAGCAGAGGAGCUGAGCUACACACUGCCUGCGGUUGGGGACAGGACUAAGAAUGAGGGGUCUGGUAACCAGGCCUCUACUGUUGGGGCUAGUAGUGACAACCCCCCAACAGGGCCUAAGACACCACUGCAGAGCCCCCCAGCACAAGAUUUACAGGAGGAGAUGGCGUGAUGGGAGACCCUGCAGGACGGUUGCCCUUAACAUACAGGAAUUAAAAAUAAAAUUCAAAAAUCUCAGGGACCUGAGCAGGCCAGAGGAGGAUGUGAUGACAAAGAAGGAAAACAGCCUUAGCCUCUGAUGGCCUUGAUAUGCAAAAAUUGUGUUGGUUUCAGUUUUCUUCAGUAAUACGGCUUUAUUUUACAAAAAAAGACAAAAGUAGCACAAGACCCUUCCCUGCUGCUGCCUCCCUCUUUCUCUCCCUUGAGGACUAGAGCCUUGAGCAACCUUUUUCAGCUGGGCUUGCUGGUGUUUUAUUUUUCCCAUUGGAGGGUGGUUUUUUUGUGUGGAUGAGGAAAAGGCUUUUAAAAACAGUGAGCGAUGAGGACAUCCUACCCACACAGGAGGAGAGACUGGCAGAGCUGAACCAACUUAAUGUGUUUUUCAGAAGACACCCUCCCCUUUGUGGGUUGCAUUGUCAGCUGGUGGGGGUGGGACAAGAGUCUGCUGUUGCACACCUGGAAUUAUACCAAACAGAAGCACUUUCUCAAAUCAAGACUGCGGAAGGAGAGCUCCUGCUGAGUCUUGCCCCACGUUGCUUGUGCCCAGACCCUUUCUGCUUGUAUCCUGUGCUCUCUUGCACUUGCAAAACGCUUGCACUUGAAGGGCCUUGCUGUUCUACUGGAGGCCAAUGCUGGGUUUUAUAUAUAUAUAUAGCUAGCAUAGAUGGGGUUCCUUGGUGCAAACUGGUUCCUGUCAACCAACAGCUUAUUCUGUGUGGAGAGGAAGCCUGACUCUUCUUGUGGCAGACUUCUAGGAGGUGACCUAGUAUAGUUCUGCCAUAGCACAAAUUCGGGCAUGGAAUUGCUCCAGUCUUCCCUCUGCCUGUUUCCAAAUACCACUUUUGUUACCUUCUCUGUGCCUGGAAUUGCCUACCAUGGAUGGGUUGUCUCUUUGAAAGGGUCCCUUCCUCAAAGGAGAGGUGGCGGAGGGAGGCCUUUGGAGGGACUCGGAGAGCAGUGCGUGCACCAGCAAGGUCACACUGGCUAGCUGGUGGGUGCCUUGGAAAACAGCUGUGGGGAGGGAAGGAGGGAAGGUCAGCUAGAGAACCGUGGAACUGAGCUCUUCACUGCCAAAACCUGUGAAUUUUGCAGCAAAACAUUCCAGGCCUGCAGAAUCCUGCCUUGGAGCAAAGGGACAGGGAGCAAUUCAGUGGGGCUCUUCAGUGGGGCAAGCAAAGCUCUUUCUCGCUCCUCUCCUCCCUCCCCAAAGCAGAACGAUGACUGUUGUGUAAUUUUGACACUUGAAGCUGUGUUUUCUUUGGUGAAUUUGGAACUUCUGGGAGAGCAUGAAGUUGUGGCCUAGGUGGAGGGUAUCGAGGUAGUUUUGAGGGUAAGGGGGAGGUGUAUCUCUUGCUAGAAGCCUGUUCAUUUGCAGAGGCCAGUUCCACCCAGGCCACAACUCUUCCCACAGGCAAUAGUGUGUUGAAGUCGAUAUGGCUGAACCCUCCUUGUCUUUGGUGUGCAUGUUAAUUUGUUUCCCCUAAGAGCGCCACAGAAACUUCCAAAGUCUGCAAGCAGAGCCUUUUCAACUUGUUCGCUGUGAUUAUGAGGCCUGUGCCAGGCUGUCCAUUCAGUGCAGGCUGGACCAUGCGUGUUUAGUGUGAAUGGCCCUUGGUGGCGGUGCAUCCCAGGAAGCUAGCAGUUAGGUGCAAGCUUUCUUUCAGGAGUGUUUGCCUGAUCUUGCUGUCUUUUAAGAGGGACACUACCCAGCCUCUGAGGAGAAACUUUGAAGGGUGCUCACUCCUGCAUUAAGAGGCCCAUGCUUUAGAUGCAAAAGGGUUCAGGAUAGCUGCUGCCAGUCAGUGUAGGGGCUGAUGCAAGCUGCUGCCCUCCAGCUGUUUAGGACUAUAAGCCCACUCAGCCCCAGCCAGCACAGACUACGGAGAUGGCUGGGCAAUGUGGUAUAAGGUCACUUCCUGUGUUUGGAAAGCGUGAUAGCGGGUGGCAGUUUAAGCACCCCAGACUGUUGCUGCUGUUUAUUCAUUUUGGUCCCAGGGUCCCUAGCAAAAGGCAGAGCUCAGAAACUGAGCUGGGGGGUGCCACCAUACCAGACUUCCCCCUCCCUCCUGUUCCUGUACUUGUGACCACGUGUGCCUGAUGCUACAAACCCCAGAAGUGGACCUUUCCCAGGCAGAUCACCACCCUCCCCUUCACCUUGGCCGGGCUUUAGUGGCUGUCAGGUCAUGCCCCUCAAGUGUUUUUUUUGGGGGGGGGUAAAUCUGACCUUUUCUCUGGAGGAAUGCCUCUUACCACAAGGCUGCGCUCCUCUCCCACGUGCAGGUGGCACUUUGAAGGCAGGCAAAGGGAUCAAGCAGAAGAGAGGGUGGCCAAGUGGGGCUGGGCACAAUAUUUAAAAAUGACCCCCAAGCACCUGAGAUUUGCCUCCCCCCAUGCCUUUGUUUUCUAUUCUCUAGGAACAUUAGACAACUAAUUUAUAUUUUUUCAAAAAAAACCUUGUGUUGCUUGUUUUGAUUCCCCCCCCCUCCCACAAUUGUAAAACAGGAGCAGUGAAAGCUACAUUUGAGGAAUGGAGGAGGGGGGAAAAGGAGGUGAAGUCCAUUUCUAAGAAGUGUCUUUGUAAAGAUGAAUGAUUAAAGCUUGCUUGCUGUCUCUUUUA